ACUUAAAGCAAUACAAAGUAACUUCGAAUAGGCCUUUAACAGUUUGAUCUUUUGGGAGAUUGUUCAAGAAAUCAGCGCUGUGAAAACGGCAAGGAAGUUUCCCACAAGUUUAACGUGAAUUGUGUUCCCCGGAGUUUGUCCUAGAGCUCUUGAUGUGAGUGAAUAGGAAGGUAGGAAUACUGAGGAGCAUAAUAAGCCUUUUGUGAAUUACACACAGGCUCUGAUUUAGCGCUUAAGAUCGUGCCGAACACUUACCUUUGCUCAGGGUUAAUAGAACCGAGAGAAAAGUAUAAGCGGGAACAUCAUAGUAGUGUAAAAAGUUUCACAAUGAAAUCCGAAGCCAAGGAUGGAGAGGAGGAGAGUCUACAAACUGCUUUCAAGAAAUUAAGAGUGGAUGCGUCAGGGUCCAUAGCAUCUCUGUCUGUUGGAGAAGGCCCAUGUGUCAGAGCAUCAGUCAGAACAGCAGCAGACGAUACCAAACCUAAAACCACAUGUGCAUCUAAAGACAGUUGGCAUGGCUCUACACGGAAGUCUUCACGAGGAGCAAUGAGAACCCAACGUCGUCGACGAUCUAAAUCUCCUGUCCUUCAUCCCCCAAAGUUUAUACAUUGCAGUACAAUAGCAUCUUCUUCCAGCAGCCAGCUCAAGCACAAAGGCCAGACUGACUCCCCUGAUGGCAGCAGUGGGCUGGGAAUUUCAACCCCUAAAGACUUCAAUGCAGGAGAAUGCUCUACUUCUCUCGAUACUAAUCACACAGGGGCAGUUGUUGAGCCUUUGAGAACUUCGGUUCCAAGGCUGCCGUCAGAGAGUAAGAAGGAAGACUCCUCUGAUGCUACUCAAGUCUCCCAAGCAAGUCUCAAGGCCAAUGAACUCUCUGACUUUCAAUCUGUUUCCAAGCUAAACCAGGGCCAGCCAUGUGCAUGCCUAGGCAAGGAGUGCCAGUGUAAGAGGUGGCAUGAUAUGGAGGUGUAUUCCUUUUCAGGCUUGCAGAAUGUCCCUCCCUUGGCCCCAGAACGAAGAUCCACGCUUGAGGACUACUCUCAGUCGCUUCACACCAGAACUCUGUCUGGCUCCCCGCGCUCCUGUUCUGAGCAAGCUCGAGUCUAUGUGGAUGAUGUGACCAUUGAGGACCUGUCAGGCUACAUGGAAUAUUACUUGUAUAUUCCCAAGAAAAUGUCCCACAUGGCAGAAAUGAUGUACACCUGAUAGCAAGAACCAACUAAUAUGCUUUAAACCAAUGAAGGGCUGUCAGACAGAUGUAGUUAAAGGCAGACCUGGCAGCCACUUUGUGUGAGAAGACACCUCCUGCUCACUGUGCUUGCAAUAAAAACUUUACUUGGCAUCUCA